GUAAAUAACAGGUAAAUCUUCAAAUACAUCAAUACACUAUUAUCUUGAAGAUGACCCUGAAUUACGUGUUUUUAAAAUAUUUUAAAAACGUACAAAUAAAGUUAUUUCUGAAUUGGACCGUUACCUACGCAUAUCUUCAUCGUUGAUGUAAAAGUAAAUAAAACCACCGUUUGUUUAGCGAUAGGAAAUGUCGAGUCUAGAACAUUCCAACCCUGCAACCAUAACACACGAAGAGGUCCAUGUAAAUAUAGACAAAUCAUCAAAUGGACCAGCUGUGAUUAAAACCCAGCCAACAGUUGGCUAUAGCUCGUCUGGUGUUAUCAUAUCAGAACAAUCGGGGAGUAACGUUGUAACUCAAGGAAAACCUGAUGGAAAACGAAAACCAAAGGACUAUGUGGUCACCUCAUGUUGUGUUAUCAUGCUAUGCAAUUUCAUAUUUGGAUUUCUGGGAUAUCAUUAUGGAGUCAAAGCAAACCAUGCAUGGCAGCUUGGAGAUGAAGUUGCUUCAAAACAUCACGCAAAGAAAGCCAUGAUUUUUGUGAUAGUUGGAAUACUUGCUGGACUAGCCACAUAUGCCUUGGCUUUUAGUUUAUAUUUUACACUGAAAGGUGAUACCCACGAAGUACACAAUUCAGGGAUGGCAGGAUGAACAUAGACAACGAAGUUCAUUACAAUUUGAACUCCCCAAUGCAUAAUACUCAGAUUCCCACCAAGAACGUUUUCAGCUAGCAUAGUAUUAAUCAAAAUCAAAAUGAUCAAAACCAUUCAUUAAAUAAAAUAGUGUAGAAUGGAUAAAAAUGCAGCAAAACUGAGUAAAAUCACAAACAUACCGAACACCGAGGAAAAUUCAUUACGAAAAUCUCUUAUCAAACAUAUGUCAAAUGGCAUAAUCAAAAGCUCAAACACAUCAAACGAAUAACAAAUUAUUAAAAAAAUAGCUAUGGUAGAAACUUGAAACACUCAUUUAAGAAACUUAUGUUGGAAAUGGUAAAUAUAAACUUCUUAUCUUUAUUUCGUAAAUGAAAUUGAUGGUGUUUUUUUUUUUUUUAAUAAAUUUCAUUUCACACCUCCUAGAUUGGUUUCAAGUUCAUUUAAGAAUUAUGAUAUUUUAGUUUUUUGUUUUUGAAAUUCAUCAUCUACAACUGGUCUCUUUAUUCUUUUCGCCAUUCGAUAGACCAUGAAGUUGUUUGUUUAUCUGAUUUUUAAUAGACCCUUUUAUCUUCUUAUAUUGGAAUCAUUAUUUCAAAAGAAGUUACAAAUGUGUGUUUUAAACUUUAUAAAGAAUUAAUCAUGUAUACUACAAUAAACGAAUGAUUUGUAUAGUUAUACAAAUCUUUAGAUAAAGCUUCUUUCCCUGUUCAACAUAAGGUCAACACAAAAUCCUUGUAUAAUAUAUGGAUAACGAAUCUCAUGUGUUUUUCUGUUUUUCUGUUUAUCAAAUAUUUUAUAAUGUUAUUGUUUUUAUUAUAAUUUGAUAAGUUUUAUUGGAAACAUUCCAAGUCUUUUUAUAUUUUAUUCAUUGAUUGGUAUUUAUAUUUUAAUCAGAUAAUACACAAUGACUUAUAGUCACAGAUAAGUUAUUGGCAUUACACAGAUUUGUGACUUGCAAAUAACAAUUGAAUCAUAUUAUACAUUGUUAUAUCAUUUGUCCCAUUAUUGUUUAUUGAAUGUCUUGUCAAAUAUUCCAUGUGCCAAGUUGUUGUCAUAUAGGUGCAAUUAUAUGUAAAUGUUAAUGUUCAUAAUGAAUUCCAUAUUUAAAAUAAAUAAUAGACCGAGAUGUCAUAUACUGAUUGUAUAAUGAAUAUGAAAAAGUGAGGAAGAAGAAUUUCAGAGAAAAAAAAAUCCCAAUUUUUAUUUAUCAUUUUUAUAACUAUAUAUUUUUUUUAAGCCAGUUACUUCUAUCAACUUUUUCUUCAGUUCAAUAGAAUUAUUACUUUUUAUAUAAAAUAUGAUACAUUUGUCUCUUUAAAUUAAUAAUUCAAUUUCACACUACAAAACUUAAUAGACAGAUUAACUGCUAGACUAGUAAAAAGUUGCAAAUACUUGAAUAUUUGAUUAUGUUCAUGUGAUGGGUACAAAUAUAAAACGUCUUCAAUUAGUAAUAUAAAUAAAUAUGUUUUACAAAAGGAAUAAUUUAAAAAGAUUUGAACAGAAUGU